UCAUGCUCUCCAUGUUUUCUUAAUUUGCAUGCAAAUUAAUACUUUGUUUUUGCUACAUGUAACUGUAGUAUAAAUGUUUUCCUCCCUUAAUAUUUUCUCCUUUUGUCUUCUUUUUUGAAAAUAGAUUCUUGAUGAUCUUUGAUUUCUUUCCACUUCACACUGUUUCUUAAACUUUGCAAAUAUAUAUGAUUCAGUUGUGCAUCUUCGCAUCGAAAGCGUGAGUCUCACAGAGAGCCUUGUUGACACCGGCCUACUUCUUGAAGACUACGCUAGGUGCCCUCUUUACAGUCGUUGAGGAUGGGAAUUGAUAAAAGCUGGAUGAGUCUUAGGAACCGAGCAUGUAAUGAGUAUGAAAAGGGCAUAGACAUAUUCUUAGAUUUUGCAUUUAAAAGAUUGGAAAAUGUGAAAAGAAUUCGUUGUCCAUGUGCUAAAUGUUAUAAUGUUAGACUCAAAAGCCGAACGGAAGUGAAGUACGAUUUAUUUCGUAAUGGGAUUAUUCAAAGUUAUACUAAAUGGCAUCAUCAUGGUGAAUUGUCAGAUGAAUCUAGCGAAAGUGAUGCAGAAGAUGUCAAUAUUCCUAUAGAUCAAGGCAAUAGAAAUAUGGAGACAAUGCUUGAGUACUUAUUCGGGCAUGUAGCGAACUCCUCAAAUACUAACACAAGUGAUGGAGAGUGUACUAAUCCUGAAGAUCCUAUUCCUGAAGCGCAAAAUUAUUAUCGAUUAUUAGAAGAAUGUAGACAAGAUAUAUAUCCGGGAUGCAAACGAUAUUCAAAAUUAUCUUUUCUAGUACAUUUGUUGAAUCUCAAAUGUCUCAAUGGUUGGACUGAUAAGUCAGUUACAAUGUUGUUAGAGUUUUUGAUUGACUUGCUACCAAAUAAUGCAAACAUUCCAAAGUCAUAUUAUGAGGCACGAAAGAUAAUUAAAGAUUUAGGAUUGGAUUAUGUGAAGAUUGAUGCUUGUAAGAACGACUGCGUGCUCUUUCGGAAGAAACUUGCAAAUAAUGAUACAUGCCCUACAUGUGGUGAGUCUAGGUGGAUCUCGAGCAGCAGAGAAGAAGAAGCAAACUCAAGAAAGCGAAAACAAAUUCCUCAGAAAGUUUUGCGUUAUUUUCCACUUACAUCGAGAUUGCAAAGAUUGUACAUGAAUAAAGAGAUGGCUGUUGGAUGUGGCCCACCCCCUAUGGAUGAGAGCCGUACGAGGUGGCCCCUAAAGACUUGCCCUGGUUUGCGGUAA